AUGAGGGCAUCAUCAGUCGUGCUGCUAGGGCUGGCUGCGCUCGUAGCCGCGACUUCGCGCGAGUCGAUACACGGGCUGGCGUGCGAAGCCGGAGACGACAGGUGCACCACGGUCUCGACGACCACUUCCCUGAAGCCGACCACAACGACAGCGACAACCCCAACAACGACAGGUCCGGCGGUGACGGGCAGCAUCCGGCAUUGCGACAGCCAUCACCACAGCCGUAGCGGGGGCGACAAUGACAACAACAACAACAACAACCACCGCAUUCGUACCGAUCAUGACGAUGACGGCCACGAUGAUGACGACGACCGAGAUGACGACGACAGCACCUGCCUGGCAGCCACAUCGACCACCUCGGCCUCCACUACAUCCAACUCCGUCAGCCACAGCGACCACAGCACCACCACCACCACCACGGCCCAAACGAGCGUGUCUCUCAGCAGCAUCGCAAGCGGCAACUCGUCGUCGCUCCCCACAGUCACCUCACUCGGCCCCGAAAGUUCCGGUUCUACUAGUCGCCCGGCAGCAGGCACGAAGACCGAGACGGUAUCCUCGACAGCAACCCUCCCCGCGACCACUGCCUCGUCGUCGUCCUUGUCGUCUUCCACUUCAGCAGGCCCGCCAGCGACUACCAAUGCCGCGGCAGCCGCUGUUCCCACGAGCGUGAUGAGUGCUGUCGGCGCCUUGCUGGGGAUGGCUGCCGUGGCUCUGGCGUUGUGA